AUGUUUUACUUGAGCAGAGCUGUUAUAAACACAGAUUUAUAUACGAAGGUAUUGUGCAUUUUAUCGAGUGUAUGCUUCGUGCAAACCUCAUCAGUAACCAUUUAUAACAUUAACUGUAGAAGGCUUAUAUAUGCCAAGAAGAUAGAGUUUUUCGAUGUGAUAAAGUCUGCAGCUGUUGUUGGUGAUCAAAUUCUCAUUGUUUUCAACGGAUAUCUUGUGUUUCUAGAUAAGGAUCUUAAUGAAAGGAUCCGACACAGAUUUGGCAGAUGUUCUAUAGAUUAUAGACAGGUGGGAGCAUACAUUGCACAUGGGAGGAAUAGCAUAUGUCUUGCAUCCUUUUUUGGAAGUAUGGUCUUUUACUCUUUUGAAGACAGGUUGGAAUCUCCUAUUGAACACUUUGCAGACGAAAAUACCAUUUUGGAUCUUAAGGCGAUAGAAGGAACAAAACGUUAUCUUUUGUUGGUGAGGAAUUUAAAUGGGGUGUUUGCAAGAAUUUAUGAGCACAAACCUGAGAUGAUAAAGAUGUUGAGAGAGAUAAAUGUUCCUGGAGGAUACAUUGCCGUCCCCUUGAAAGAUAGCUUUGCUGUAUUUUCUCCAGACAGGGUGUUUUUUUUCAAAGAUGGUGAUGAGAUUGAGGUUUAUAAGAUCUCUCAAGGAUUAUCUGGAGACCUAACUCUCAUUAAGGCAGACGCAGGGCAUGAAUGCAAAGACAUAUCUGAAGUUAAACUAUUUACGUGCUAUACAUCUCAUUGUGAUAAGGGUUGCUCGCUGAUGCUAAUAGCAAAUGAAGAAGGAGAGCUUUUUAGCCUUAAGUGCACUGAAAUGUUGAAGCUAGAGUAUAUUGGGAGGAUAAAUCCCUCUAAGGAUAUAGAAAUGCAUUCUUCGGGCUUUUUAGUAUCUGUGGGCUAUAAUUCAGACAACUGUGUAUACUUUAUAAUGAAAGAAGGAGAGGUAUGGAGCCUCGAGCUAGUUGAUGCGAUUGAAACGAUCAAAGGAUUGUCCACGUCAGCAAUAACGUUCGAUGGGCUGCAUCAUGUAUAUGUUUCAGACGGGCAUUACAUUGGAGAGAUUGCCGAAAAGGAACCCUUUCACUUAUUAAAUGAAGUGAGGCUUUUUGAAGAAGGCAAAGAAAAGGAAGUAAGAGGUACAUUUAGCUGUAGAAAGUCUAUGUGUAUACAAUAUGACGAUGAAGUACACUGCUUUCUCUUGGAAGGAGAAAAGAUGGCGAAUCUAUAUAGAUUUACAGCCAAAGACGAGAUAAUCGGGUAUUUUAGGGUUGGGAAGGAUGAUUUCUAUAUGAUGGCAGGGUUGGUAAUGAUUUGUAACAAUGAAAACGGAAGUGUGGUUGCUAUUAAGGAGCAUAGAAUUGACUAUGAUGUGUUUUCAGGAAAUAGCCAGCAUGUGUUUGUUGGAUAUAGGAACAGAAUAACCAGACUUGAUUCCUCAAGCUCAGAAGAUAUUGAAAUAGGGUUUGUAGUUAAGGAAAUGGAGACGAGCGAGAGGUAUUUGUUUAUACUGACAGGAAAGAGGGUCCUUAGGGUAUAUGGAAUAGAAGACAGAAGAUUCGUAUUUAUCCAAUCGUUCCGUUUUGAUGUAAUGUUUUUGUCUUUGUUUAAUGGGUUCCUCUACACAAUUGGAACUGAAAUACAUAGAUUUAAGAUCAAUGAAGAUGGAUCGCUCUCACUUCCCAUAAGAGUAAGAGAAUAUGGCCAACCUAUUGGAAAAAAGGAAGGUGUUGUAAUUUUCGAAGAGAAAGUUGUAGAUUUGGGGCGCGAGAGAAUUCUGGAUAUUGAUGGGUGGAAGAGUGUUUUUCUGGGAGAUAAGGUGGUGAUUGCCGAUGGAUGUGGACUAAAAAUUUAUGGAUAUAAAAAACACAGAGUGUUUGCAACCGAUGUAAUGAGUGGGAAGGGAGAGUACAAGAUCAUAGGUAGAGAGGCUGUAUAUAUCGAUAACAAUUCUGAUGGCUUUAAGAUAAAAAGGUUUGAUGGGUCUUUGGUGGUUGAGGGCUGUGGGAAUGCUAUAGAGUUUUCUUCUUCGGAAUAUCAGAUUGUCUCUGCAUAUGCUAGAAUUUAUGACAAAGAAGGUGCCAAGAGCAAGUAUUUCUUGAAAGUAUACAAGAAUGGAGGUCUUCUCUACGAUUUUGAAAUAUUCGGAAAGAUUGAGGUAAUUACAGUUAAUGGAAAGGAGGUCUAUUGUAGCAUCGAGAACAACCUAUAUUGUUAUGAGAUUGGUGUGAAAACACUUCUCAAAAAGUUCAAAGUGGCACUUCCAUCAAGAAUAACCAAGAUGUGCACUGGAGAAGAUAGGCUAUUUGUUGGAACAGAAAAGAACUCUGUGUUUGUGGUGAAAGAUAGAAGAAUUGUCUGUAGAGAACGGAUUCCAAGGCACGUGAUGGCUUUAGAAAGUAUGGAUGAUGGAUGUCUGGUGGUAGGCGAGCGGGUGGGAAAUGUAGUUAUAAUGAAGAUAAAGGAUGACUCUCUAGUUUCUGUAGCAACAAUUUUUAUCAAUGAUAUGCCUAUCCAAUUUGUUUCUCAAGAUAAGGUUUUUGGAAUAUGCACAAGUGGGAAGGUUAUUGAAAUCAUAAAGAUUGACGAGGAGUUGUUUGAGUUCCUUGAGCAGAUUGGGCAAAAGAUAUCGGAAGCCUUGAAUAAGCCUUUUUUUCAACCUUUCAGAAGAAACAGAUUCAUUAGCUCUGAAUAUAUUAGAGAAUUCGUUAAUCUUAGUGAGCAGCAAGUCAAAAAUGUGCAGCUGAAAACUGGCAUAGAUGUUGAGAAGAUGCUUGAGGUGAUCAGCACUAUUUGA